GUAUCUCAUGAUGAGAGCGUGUUAUAAAAGAUUUUGUGAUUAAAUUUUUUUUUCUUUGUCAAUUUUAAUUAAAAAAAAACCCCAUAUUAUGUGUAUAUCACUAUAUCUCAUUUCAUAUUAGCUUAAAAACCUUGGAGUGAAUCAUUUUCCACCCAAAAAAAAAAAAUGGGAAAACCAUUUUCUCCUCUUCCAUUACAACAACCCUUAAUCUAUUUUCCUCCUCCACCGCCACCAUCACCGAUACAACAAAACAUUCUUCAAUCCUCAAAUUUAGACACUAAAAUAAGCCCAAGUAUAAUCCUAAUCAUAAUAAUCCUAGCAAUAAUCUUCUUUGUUUCUGGUUUACUUCAUCUUCUUCUUAGAUUCUUAUUAAAAACAAAUGAAAGACACCCAGAAGAUGAAUAUAUAGACAAUGUAACUGCAUUUCAAGGUCAAUUACAACAACUAUUUCAUCUUCAUGAUUCAGGGGUUGAUCAAUCUUACAUUGAUACACUCCCAAUAUUUCUAUAUAAAUCAAUAAUUGGUCUAAAAGACCCAUUUGAUUGUCCUGUUUGUUUAUGUGAAUUUGAGCCUAAUGAUAAACUUAGACUCUUACCCAAAUGCAGCCAUGCUUUUCAUAUGGAUUGUAUUGAUACUUGGCUUCUUUCUCAUUCUACUUGCCCACUUUGUAGAUCAAGUUUAUUGCAAGAUUUUGGGACCCACAAUGGAAAUGGGUUUUCUCCAUUUGUUUGUGUUCUUGAAUAUGAAAGGAAUAGUAAUAGAGUUGAAAGUUCAAGGGGGUUAGAGAGAUCUAGUUCUAUUCUUGAGAACAAUCUAGAAGAAUGUGAGUUUGGGUCUAGUAGAAGUGAUUUUGGAAGGAAAUCUUGUGAAAAUUGUCAAGAAAAUGGGAAAAAAGAGAAGAUUGUGAGAGUGAAAUUGGGUAAGUUUAAGAAUGUUAAAGGAGGUGAAGGUUGUAGUGAGAUUAGUUAUGGUGGUAAUGGAAGGAAUGAUUUGGGUUCUAGAAGGUGCUAUUCAAUGGGUUCAUUUGCAUAUGUUUUGGAUGAGAAAAGUUCAUUUCAAGUUCCUAUUAGAACACCCAUGAAGAAGGAGAAGAAUAGUAAUAAGGGUAAAGUAAAACUUGGGUAUAGAGCAGUAAUGUCUGAGUAUGGGAAUGAUUCCAUGAGAGAUUUUAGUGGGAUUGAAGCUUUUAGAAGUGUUGAGAUUCAUGAAAAUGGUGGGAAAAUUGUUGGGAAUGAGAGUGGUAAAAAGGAAAGCUUUUCACUUUCCAAGAUUUGGUCAAGAGGAGGUGGAGAUAAGAACAAAAAAAGGAUUUGGAAUAGUGGGAAUGGGAAUGGGAAUGAAAAUGAGAAUGAUCAAUUAGAUGAAUCUUCUAGAAGAACAAUUUCGGAGUUUGAGAUUGAUGCAAGUGAAUUAGGAAUGGAUGAAGAAACUCAAAGUAAUUAUAGUGUUGAUUCACUUUUUAAUCCAAAUACAACAUCUUCUUCUACAACAAGAACUCUACUUUGGCUUAUGGAAAGACAAAACAAAAUUGUUCAUACUAAUUCCUCAUUCUCAUUCAAUAAUUAGUGUGUUCAAAUUUUAUUAAAAGGGUCUGGGUGAGAGAAGGUAACGGACAAUUCAUACUCGUACAAGAGGAAGGACUAGAGGAAAGCGGUCGAUUUUACCCCAAACAUGUAAAAGCCCUACAUAAAUAGGAUAUGGGUGACGACAUUUUCACAGAACAAGCAACUGCUUGAAAAAAGAAACUACCAGUGGUCUAAAAUAUGGAUCUGACAUCUCCAACUAUUUCUAUCCCUAGUCAGGUCCACGGAGAGGUGCAUCUCACUUAGGUCACUCUUUAUUUGCUCAACUCACGUUUUCUUAGGUCUUCUUUGACUUCUUUUGCUUUUCACUAUGAUGCUUUUUAUCCUUUUAACUGGGCAAUCGACAAUCUUUCUUUGCACAUGUUCAAAUCAUCUUAACCUAUUUUCGUGCAUUUUAGCAGAUAAUGGGGCAACGUCUAACUUCUCUCUAAACUCCUUCUUCUUGAUUUUGUCCAUUAUGGUGUAACCCCACAUCCACCUCAGCAUUUCCAUCUCUGCCACUUUCAUCUUUUGUUCAUGGAUCUUCUUAACAUACCAACAUUCUGUCCCGUAUAAUAAAACUGGCCUAAUGGCAAUUCUGUAGAAAUUACCUUUCAAUUUGCUCGGAAAUUUCUUAUUACAUAACACUCCAGUAGCUGAUCGCCACUUAAGCCAACCCGCGUGUAUACAAUGCGUAACAUCUCCAUCUAUCUCUCCAUCACUUUGGAUAUCAGAUCCUAGAUACUUGAACUUUGUCGUAUUUGCAACUACAUCUUCUCCAAUUAUCACAUCUGGGCCAUCAUGAUGUUCAUCACCACUAAAAGUUGCAUAUCAAAUAUUCUGUCUUUGUACAGUUUAUAUGCAACCCUCAACUUUGUAAAACUGUCCUCUAAGUACGUAGAAUAAAAAAUAAUAAAAAUUACAUAUUUAAAACUAUGUGUUGAUUUCACAAGAUUCAUAAUGAAUAUGAUUCAUAUUCAACAUAUACUUUAAAAACCUAAUUUUUAAUUUUUAAAAUGAAAUAACUUGAAGUAAACAAGUAAAAAUAAAUAGUUUCAUUAUGAACAAGUUAGUUAGUUAUUCUAUCUAGUCAUAUUAGGAUUUAGUAAAAGGAAAAUCAUGGAAAAAAAUUAGUAAAAGUAAUUGGAUUGUAAGGAAUGAUAGAGAAUAAAAGUUUUUGUGCAUGUGUUUUGCAAACAAUUUUUCAUAGUGAAGGAAUAGAUUGGAAUUGGAAUUGGAAUUUUGUAAUAUGUGUAAAGCUCAAUAUCUUUUGUUUUUGGAUUCCUUUCUUUUUCUAUACAUGUUUUUUUAGCCUUAUUUAAAACUAACAUAAAUAUUUUUGAAAAUAGAAUAAUAUUAAUAUGUUUAUAUAUUAUACUUCUCUAAAAGCUAGUUAGUUAUUAAGUAUUGCAUACAUAUGUUUAACAAUUAUAAUAUGUAUCCACUAACUGAUUGUUAGCUGUUCAAUAAAAAGUUUAAUUUCAAUAACAAUCAACUAAUAUCUACUAAAGAAAUAAGGUUUUUCUGCAACAUGCUUAAUACUUUAAAAUUUUCCAAACAAUAAAUAUAUGCCUUUUCAUUUUUAAUAGACCAACAAAUAAAAGGAAGCAAUAAUAAUUUAAACUAGGUUCCCACAUUGAAAAAGUGUGUGUUUUUUUGAAUUCCUUCUAGUAUUUUGUAAAAUUUAAAGGGCUUUAAUUGUACUAAGCUAAAAGCAUAUUUAAGAAAAUUUAAAAAUCAACAAUUACUAUAUGUGGAGGUCAGUAUUGGUGGCGAAUAUAGAAAUUUAGCGGAUACGAAUAUUUUUUUGGAAAAAUUAUCGUGAAUAAUACAAUUUUUUGUUAAUUUUUUUGACAAUAAUACCAACUAUUGAUUAAUCAUGAAUAAUACCAACUUAGAGG